UGCAUGGUGCGCGGUGCCUGAGCCCCAAAGACGGAUAGCGAUUGAAUGUUUCUGCUGUGCUUUCGUUGAGAUCGGACACUUAACAAGAUCGUGAGGGCGGAAAAGAGAAGCUCGCCACUGGGGGACAUUAUGGCGGCGGCUGCGGUGGAGGUGAGUGUGAGCAGCGGCAGCAGUGACACAUCCAGCAACGGCGAGGAGGAGAGGAUGAGGCGGCUCUUCCAUACUUGUGACGGGGACGGAGACGGAUACAUCAGCAGGAACGAUCUGCUUAUGGUCUGUCGCCAGCUGAACAUGGAGGGGUCUGUGGCUGAGAUUAUGCAUCAGCUGGGAGCCGAUGAACAGGGCAAAAUUUCCUUCAAGGAUUUCACAAGGUGUCGCAUGCAGCUCGUCGGUGAAAUCAGGAAGGAGGAAGGGGAGCUUUCAGUCAAAUCUGAUGACUCCUGUAAAAAGAAAAAGUUAAGGGAUCGCAUUGCCUCCUGGCCAGACAGCAGUGAAAACAGUUUAGGCUCCUUGUCAGGAGCCCGUGAAAGUUGGGAGUAUGACUCGGGAGCUCGUGACCUUCAGAGCCCUGACCUGCAGAACCAGCCGAACCUUCAGCUGGAGCAGCAGGCAGCUCUGCAGAAGCUAAUGACUCAGACCAGCAACCUGAGCACUCCCAUUGGCGGGAGCUACCUGGAGCUAGCAAACACAUUACAUCUGGCAGCCCUGGCAUCACUAAAAGGUGACAUAGUGGAGCUCAAUAAGAGACUACAGCAAACCGAGAGGGAGCGAGACCUGCUAGAAAAGAGGUUGGGAAAAGCUCAGUGUGAGCAGUCACACCUGAUGAGAGAGCAUGAGGAGGUGCAGGAGGGGACCACACUGCGCUAUGAGGAGAGGAUCACAGAGCUCCACAGUAUCAUAGCCGAGCUCAACAAGAAGAUAGACCGCCUGCAGGGGACAACAAUAAGGGAGGAGGAUGAGUAUUCAGAGCUGCGGUCAGAUCUCAGCCAGAGUCAGCCGGAGGCCAAUGAAGAUGGUCACAGUGUGGACCAGGACCAGAACUCAGUCUCUGUGCCAGAGAACCACUCCACCAUGGUCACCCCGGACAUGGAUAACUGUAGUGACCUGAACUCAGAGCUGCAGAGGGUGCUGACGGGGCUGGAGAAUGUGGUGUGUGGACGAAAGAAAAGCAGCUGCAGUCUUUCGGUGGCCGAGGUGGACCGGCACAUUGAGCAACUCACUACUGCCAGUGAGCAUUGUGACCUUGCCAUUAAGACAGUGGAGGAGAUCGAGGGGGCACUGGGUCGAGACUUCUACCCCAGCCUGGCAGAGGAGAGGUCACGCUGGGAGAAAGAGCUGGCUGGCCUUCGGGAAGAGAAUGAGAGCCUGACCGCCAUGCUGUGCAGCAAAGAGGAGGAGCUCAACAGGACCAAGGCCACCAUGAACGCAAUCCGAGAGGAGAGGGACCGGCUCAGAAGAAGGGUACGAGAACUGCAGACUCGGCUGCAGAGUGUCCAGGCGUCAGGCCCUUCCAGUCCAGGAAGACUGACCCCAGUCAGCCGCCCCAUCAACCCCAGCACUGGAGAGCUGAGCACGAGCAGCAGCAGCAACGACAUCCCCAUUGCCAAGGUGGCUGAAAGAGUAAAACUCUCCAAAACAAGGUCAGACUCCUCCUCUUCAGACAGGCCUGUGCUGGGAUCAGAAAUCAGCAGCAUAGGGGUGUCCAGCAGUGUAGCGGAGCACUUGGCACAUUCAUUACAAGACUGUUCCAACAUCCAGGAAAUCUUCCAAACUCUUUAUUCGCAUGGCUCUGCCAUCUCGGAAAAUAAAAUUCGGGAAUUUGAAGUGGAAACAGAAAGGCUUAACAGCCGAAUUGAGCACUUAAAAUCCCAGAAUGACCUUUUAACAAUCACCCUGGAGGAGUGCAAGAGCAAUGCAGAGAGGAUGAGCAUGCUGGUUGGGAAAUACGAGUCCAACGCGACAGCCCUGAGACUCGCCCUGCAGUACAGUGAACAGUGUAUCGAAGCAUACGAGUUACUACUUGCCCUGGCUGAGAGCGAACAGAGUGUCGUUCUUGGCCAGUUCAGAGCUGCAGGUAUUGGAUCAGUAGCAGGUGAGCAGACAGGUGAUGAAAACAUUACCCAGAUGCUAAAGCGGGCGCACGACUGCAGGAAGACAGCUGAGAACGCUGCCAAAGCCCUCCUGAUAAAACUGGACGGCAGCUGCGGAGCAGCAUGUGCAGUGACAGGAUGCAGCGCGCUACCCUGGGAGAGUCUGUCUUCAAACAGCCACACGAGCACCACAAGCUCCACAGCUAGUAGCUGUGACACAGAUUUCACAAAGGAUGACGAGCAGAGGCUAAAGGACUACAUCCAGCAGCUGAAGAAUGACCGAGCGGCAGUAAAGCUGACCAUGCUGGAGCUGGAGAGCAUUCAAAUCGAUCCCCUGAGCUACGACGUCAAGCCUCGGGGCGACAGCCAGAGACUCGACCUGGAAAACGCUGUUCUCAUGCAAGAGCUCAUGGCAAUGAAGGAGGAGAUGGCUGAGCUGAAGGCCCAGCUCUACCUGCUGGAGAAGGAGAAAAAGGCUCUGGAGCUGAAGCUGAGCACGAGAGAGGCACAGGAGCAAGCCUACCUGGUGCACAUCGAGCACCUCAAGUCUGAGGUGGAGGAGCACAGGGAGCAGCGAAUGAGGUCCAUCAGCUCCACCAGCAGCAGUGGAGGUGGCAAAGACAAGCAGGGCAAGGAUUCCGGAGAUGGGGGGACACCAGCUGUAGCACUUUCCGAUCUAAGAACCCUUAAUGACAGUGAUCUGGCAGCAGAGCUUGCAAAUGCACUCAGACGAGAGAAGAAACUUAAGAGUAGAGCCCAGGAGUUGGUGGCCGCUUUGGAAAGACUCACAAAAAGCAGCGAGGUGCGGCACCAGCAGUCUGCAGAGUUUGUCAACGACCUGAAAAGGGCCAACAGCAACCUGGUUGCAGCCUAUGAGAAAGCAAAGAAGAAACACCAAAACAAACUGAAAAAGCUGGAGUCUCAGAUGAUGGCCAUGGUGGAGAGACACGAGACGCAAGUGAGGAUGUUGAAACAGAGGAUAGCACUGCUGGAAGAGGAGAACUCCAGGCCUCACACCAAUGAAACCUCUCUUUAAGAAGAGAUCAUUGGCUCCCAUAAAGGUGCCCCAGUGAGAGAAAAACUCAUGCACUGCUUUUAAAGACCUGUAACAUGGACAGUUUUUGCUGCGUCACCUUGAGAUCAUCUCAGCUAGCAAUCAUUUCUGACAAAUGCAUACUUUACCAUGCAGUCCUUUAAGGCACAUACAUGUAUCAUUGCAGUAUAUCAGCUGCUGCUGCUGCUGUUGCUGCUGCAACCCACUGUCAUCGAACUUCAAUCUUUGGAGAGCUUCACACUUGAAACAGCACACACCCUUCUUCAACACUUGUGGAUGAAGACAAAAGCAAUCUCCUCUUACAAGCUUGUUUGAUUUUGUUCCAUUUCCACCAGCAGUUAAUUCAAUUAUCACGACAGAGAAAACAUGCUUGCAAAGCAUUACCACAAGAAGUGCCAUUGAAUGUAUUGCAGUACCUGUCAGACUUUUAUACUGUGCAUCACACAUUAUUUUACUAGCUGCCAUGGUUUCUGUUAGUCUAACUGUCUUAAGUUUUUGUUUCAAGAUCAUUUACAGUAUUCUUUUUUGCAGACCAUUGUUUAAGGUUGAUAAUAGACACCCCUA